AUGGCGAGUCAAGCAUUGAGCCGCGUUCGAGGCAUACUCGUCUUCAUCGCUCUGGGCAUACUCGUCUUCACCGUUGCCACCAAUAUGAGCCUGCUCACGACGACACAAUCGGCCAUUGCCGACGAGCUCAAUUCCUUUGAAACGACUUCAUGGUUCACUUCAGCUUUCUUGAUCACCAUGUCUGCUCUGGGACCUCUGAACGGGAAAUUGAGUAGCGUGUUUCCUCCUCGUUCCUGCAUAUCUCUCUCGGCGAUGGUACUGGCUCUGGGAAGCUUGAUCUGCGCCGUCUCAAACCGAUUCGGAUCGUUCGUGGCGGGGAGAUGCGUACAAGGCGCGGGAUCGAGUGGCGUCUUCACCAUCUCCUUGAUCAUCGUCCUGGAACUCACGGGCUCGCAACGUCGAGGUCUGGGCAUUGGGCUACUGAAUACGGGAUUCACGAUUGGCGUCGCAGUGGGUGCAACUGCCGCGGGGGCUUUGCUGCCUGUCACGGGCUGGCGAGCGUUAUUCUGGCUUCAGGUUCCUGCAUGCGUGGUGCCGGGACUCAUCUUACUGUUCGCUUUACCCGGAGACUUUCACGGCGGGAAGAAGGGUGUCGAGAACGGAAAAGCAGACGACACGUGGAAGCGGGUGCGGAAUCUGGACUAUCUGGGCGCAGUGUUACUCACGACUUCAUUGGUGCUCGUUUUGUACGCAAUGGCUGCACCCAAGAAAAUCCCCAUCUGGCCCAUAGUCGUGUCUGCAUUCGUGUUGAUUCUGUUCGUCAAUAACGAGGUGUUUCUCGCACAGGACCCCAUCAUUCCCGUCUCGCUGCUCCGAUCGAGAGGGUUACUGUUGACUUGCCUGGGUACACUCGGCUUCAUGGCAGGCCGAUGGAGCGUACUCUUCUAUGAGCCAACCUACGCACUUGCGGUCCGCACGUGGGCUCCCUCAGCAGCUGGUGCCAUGUUGGUGCCUACCAACUUCGGCUUCGCGCUCGGAGGGCUGUCCGUGGGAUAUUUACAUAUCAAGCGUCAUGGCUCGUUCUACGCACCCACCCUGGUAUUCUAUCUGCUCUUUCCCAUCACGCUCGUACUAUUGGGUUUGUUAUCAACCGGUUCCGUUCCCGCCUGGGCGAUUGUGCUCAUCCUCUUCUUAUGCGGAUUCGCCACAGGUGCAGCCAUGAACUACAACCUCGCCCAUCUCUUACACAUCACACCCAAAGAAACCCACUACGUCGCCACCGCAUUACUGUCCACCUUUCGCGGUUUCGCAGGAUCUUUCGGAUCUGCCAUCGGAGGCGGAGUUUUCCAACGCAAACUCACUACAAGUCUCACAUCCAAACUCGACAAUGCCAACCUCACUAACCCGCAACUGGUACGCGAGCUUCUGGGGAAACCCGCCCUGGUAGAUCAAUUACACGGCAUGGAAAGAGAAAUUGCAAUCGAAAGCUAUCAAGACGCCUUGAAGAUUCUCUGGCUCGCUAUGGCUGCAGUGGCGGUCGUAUCUUUCCUAUGCCAAGCUGGAACGGGAUGGCAAGGACAUUCUGAGAAACAGAUUCUGGAUGAAGAGAGACGAGCGCUGCUCGGUGAAGGUCGUCGUGAUGAUCAUGUACGAGAUAUUGAAGAUUAG